GCACACCCUGAGAGGAAGCCCACCAAGGCUUGUUGUUUAGAAUAUUUUUCAUUACUGGAUAGCUCGAUUAAUUUUAAAAAAUGGACACAGAAAAUAUAAGCAGAAUGGAUCUUGCUCUCCCAAAUCCACAGGAGCCCUCCAGAGUGCCUGAAUUUGAACGUUCAGAAGCACCUUCCCAUCAUAACACCCCACCACCGCGCCAGACAUGGCUGACACUUUUGAAGAGGGAGCUGGAAUUUCUGGGGGUAACACACAUUCUAAUUGGUUCCAUAUGUCUUUGUUUUGGAACAAUUGUCUACACCAUGUUCGAGAUUUCAGAAUUUGAGAAACAGUUAUUUUCAUCAUUUAAAGCAGGCUACCCAUUCUGGGGAGCAUUAAUUUUUGCUAUUUCUGGAUUUUUGUCAAUUAUGUCUGAAAAGAAAAGUGCAACAUGUCUGAUACAAGGAAGCCUGGGAGCGAACCUGGUCAGCAGCAUAGCUGCAGGAAUAGGAAUCUUUAUCCUGGUCAACAACCUACAGAUCAGCUUGGCUUAUAUCAACCCUUGCCAGAAAGUUCACCAGGAUGACUUCUGCUUUGCGGUGUUUUUUUCCACUAAAAUUGUGGCCAUGAUCCUGUUUCUCACCAUCCUGGGGUUUGGGGUUGCUGUGUUAGUCACAGUCUACAGAGUUGGAGAAUUCUUCAAAAAAGAUCAGAUUCCAGAAGAUCGUCUUUAUGAAGAAUUAAAUGUAUAUUCACCAAUUUACAGUGAGCUGGAAGAGAGAGUGGAGACAUCUUCUCCCACUGAGUUAUAAGAAUCAUGCUCAGAAUAUUCUCAUUCAUAGCAAAGGGUAUGGAAAGCCAGAUCUUUGUUUAAAGGGCUACUGGCAAAAUUUCAGUCCUCUUUAUGAUCUGCCAGUUUUACCUUGUGAUCUAUUCUCCAGAUGAUAAUAUUUUGUUUCUGUACAACUAAGUACCACCCCCUCCCUGCCCGAUUUGUAGAUUUAAUCGACUCCCAUUUUUCUCAUUUCCUAUUGAUAUGUCACACCCAUUUCUCCUGGGAAAUCAAUGUGCAGUAAGCAUUUACUGUGUGCCUCUAACUGUGCAAACAGGAAAAACAAGAGGAAGGCUGGUAGAGAGCUGAGUUAAACUUGAAUGGUUUGAUAUUUGGUUUUCAUCCCCUUUUAAGAUCCACAGACAUGAUGGACGCGAUACACAUCUCCCAGUAGAUUGUAAGCACCAGUCAGCAAACAUUUUGAGAACUGAUUAGUAUUUGUAUCUUUCACAUUGUGUAUCCCAGUAUUUCACCCACAGGGGAUGCUCAGUGAAUAUUUAUGGAGCAGAUGGGUAUAGAUGCAGGGAGGAUAUCCCAGAGGCAGAGUAGACAGGGAGAAAGAAAUGAUUCUAAAGUGAAUUUGGAGGCAAUAAGAAGACUGAAUUGAUAGAUAUUAAAAAUUGAGUUAGGUGUAUAGUCACGUAGAGAUUUGAUUAGAGAUUCUGCAAGCAAGUAUUGAACAUAUUGGUGGAUUCAUGUCAGGAUUAGCAAUGGAUGCUUCCUGUUUAUGUUUGAUCUUAUGAUAUGGAGAAAACAACAUAAUAUAUUAGAAGGAUCAAUGAUCUUUUAAAAUGUAAGGAUUCUGCACUGGAAUCCCAGGCUGAUUGCUUACUAGUUGAGUGAGUUGUGGCAAACUGUUUAACCAUUUACUUAAUAUGGGUUUCCUCAUCUAUAAAAUUAAGAUUAGGCAUAAUUUACCUGCCAGCACUAAAGGUCUGUUGUAGAAACACA